GUCCCAUUCCUAUCCUGGCAGAGAAGCUCCAUGAAGAAAUUGACAGGGUGAUUGGGCCAAGCCGAAUCCCCGCCAUCAAGGAUAGGCAAGAGAUGCCCUACAUGGAUGCUGUGGUGCAUGAGAUUCAGCGGUUCAUCACCCUUGUGCCCUCCAACCUGCCCCAUGAAGCAACCCGAGACACCAUUUUCAGAGGAUACAUCAUCCCCAAGGGCACGGUCAUAGUGCCAACUCUGGACUCUGUUUUGUAUGACAACCAAGAAUUUCCUGAUCCAGAAAAGUUUAAGCCAGAACACUUCCUGGAUGAAAAUGGGAAGUUCAAGUACAGUGACUAUUUCAAGCCAUUUUCCGCAGGAAAACGAGUGUGUGUUGGAGAAGGCCUAGCUCGCAUGGAGUUGUUUCUAUUGUUGUCUGCCAUUUUGCAGCAUUUUAAUUUGAAGCCUCUCGUUGACCCAAAGGAUAUCGACAUCAGUCCUGUAAAUAUUGGGUUUGGCUGUAUCCCACCACGUUUCAAACUCUGUGUCAUUCCCCGUUCAUGAGUGUGAGGAGGACCCCCUGAAUCCCUCCGAUUUCAAACAAGUUUUCAAAUGGUUUGAGGUCUGGCUUCCUCAAACCGAUUCCUUUCUUUGCAUAUGAAUAUUUGAAAAUAAAUAUUUUCCCAGAAUAUAAAUAAAUCAUCACAUGAUUAUUUUAA